AUGUCCACCGACAAAGUAGAUCUCCCCCACGACCGUUCCCACGUAGAGGCAUCGCCGUCCCACCAGAAAUACGCAUCAUCGUCGACUCUGGCCGACGACCAGGCAGAAACGUCGUCCUUGCCGCCUCUCCCGGAAAUCCCAGCGCCAGAUCUGGACCUGUCGCUUUCGCUCGAAUCCAUCAUCGGCCAAUCCUUUCCGACAUCCGACAAGGUCUCCAAGCGCGCGAGCAACGUGCUGAAGCUGUCCGAGGAGAACGAGAAGCUCAAGCAGGAGCUCCGCGCCAUGUCCGAGCGUCUCGAGGCGGCGGAGCGCCGUCGCGUAGAACUCGAUCGCCGUGCGCGUGAGAAGAAGGCGGCGGCGGCGGCAGCAGCAGCAGCAACAACAACAACGGCAGCAACAACGGGGUCGAACGCGACCGCGGCCACGUCGUGA